UGUGGCGCUUAUGAGAGGAGUGUGCAGUUUGGGGGCUUCAGAGUUGAGAGCCCCUCCCACCCACGCACGCACGCUCGCACACAAAACAAAGGAAAGGGUUUCAAAUCAAAAUUCCCCCAAUAGCAUCGCAUCAUUCCUACACCGUCCGAUUCAAACCCCACCCCUUUCCUUUCCUCUCCAUUCCCCCCUCUCUAUGCAGCCGUAACUGCAAACGGCGACGCCCCCAAACCCUAACCCUAACCCUAAGUAGCCUCCUCCUCCUCCUCCUCCUCUCCCCGCAAAUCCCAAACCCAUAUUUAUGUUCUCCCAAAACCUGAUUCUGCCCCCCGAAAACCCUAGACCCGCGGCGUUCGCUUCCAAACCCAUGAGCAAUGAGAUCGCAAUCGCCGCGCAGAAGCCUCCUCCGUCGAUUCUCGUUGGCCGCUUCAAGGCUCUCCUCAAGCAGCGCGACGACGAGCUCCGCCUCUCCACCGGCGUCCCCGUGCCGCCGCCCACCACCGACGAAAUCGUCCAGAUUUACGAGCUGCUCCUCUCCGAACUCACCUGCAAUUUGAAACCUAUCAUCACCGAUCUCACCAUCAUUGCCGAGCAGCAGAGGGAGCACGCCAAGGGCAUCGCUGACGCAAUUUGCGCUCGGAUUCUCGAGGUGCCAGCAGAUCAAAAGCUUCCUUCACUCUAUCUGUUAGACAGUAUUGUAAAGAAUUUUGGGCAGGAAUACAUUAGAUACUUCUCUCUACGUCUGCCAGAAGUUUUCUGUGAGGCAUACAGGCAGGUUCAGUCUAGUUUGCAUCCUGCUAUGCGCCAUCUUUUUGGUACCUGGUCAAAAGUCUUUCCACCUGCUGUUCUACGCAAGAUUGAAGCUGAGUUGCAAUUUUCUCAAUCAUCCACCCUGAAUUCUGUCAGGGCUUCUGAAUCUCCUCGACCAAGUCAUGGCAUACAUGUUAAUCCGAAAUACUUACGGCAGUUAGAGCGGUCGACUGUGGAUAGUGUUGGUGGUGAAAAGUUGGAUUCAUCAGGAAAUGCUAGUAAUUUUGGCUUUGUAGCAAGUAAGACACAACAAUUUUUAUCUAGCAGUAGCAGGCUUGGAAUAUCCUCGUCCCCUUCAAGAAUUGGACUUGAUAGGCCUUUGUCUGCAUCUAUGGAUGAAUAUGCAGUUGAGAAUUCUGCUGGCAGGUUAAUUGAGAGAGAGUCUCCUCAUCCUGCCAUUGAUUAUGGAGUAGCCAAAGCAUUAGGUAGAGAUGUGGAGUUGAGUGACUGGCAGCGAAAGCAGUAUUCUGGUGAUGGUCGUAAUCGAUUUCCAACUUCUAUUUCAUACAGCCUUAGUAAUGGACACCAGCGUCAAAGUCCAAGAGCUUUAAUUGAUGCGUAUGGUAGUGACAAAAGCCAAGAAACUUCAAGCAGUAAGCCUUCGGUAGUUGAACGUCUGGAUAGAAAUGGUAUAGACAACAAGGUGUUGUCAACCUCAUGGCAGAAUACUGAAGAGGAGGAGUUUGAUUGGGAAGAUAUGAGUCCAACAUUAAUGGACCAUAGUAGGAAUAACAGCUUAUUGUCUUCAACUAUUGGUUUCCCCAGGGAAAGGCCUGUCAGUGUAGCUAAUACAACUUUGUCUGAGCAAGAUACCAGGAAGAGUUGGUCUAGUGGAUCUCAGCUUCCUCCACUAGAUGAUUCUUCUGCUGUAGCAGAAGAUGCAUUUGCCUCUUCGGCUUUUCGCCGUGCACCCCUGGGUCAUGUACCUGGAUUCCAAAAUCAAAUCAACCAUAAUUUGGUCUCCUCUCAACCUCAUGAUGCUUGGAAGAUUUCUCAUCAUCCGUCUAACUCGUCGCAACAUAUCUUUAGUAAUAGGGGGCAAGCAAGGAGUCUUACGAGCCCUCCUAUUGAUAACAUUCGGAAUACAGAUGUGAACUCCUAUCGGAUUCGACCUGCAGUGUCAAGGAUGGUUUCUGGCCUUGUCUCUAAUGUGGAAACCCGCCCAUCGGUUUUGCCAGUGUCUUUUGAUAUAAGGCCUGCUGUAAAUCUGAAUGUCACUCGACCUCCUACUUUAAAUCCAAUAUCUCCGUUGCAAAAACGUGUUAGGGGUCAGUUUGAAGCAAUACAUACUAGUAAUGCUAUUGUGCACCACGUUGUAAAUAAAUCUUCGUUUAUGCCAGAACAUUCAUUUGAUAGUGUUGAAAGCAAGGAUUCUAGUAUUUCAAAGAUACAUCAGUUGCCUAAUCAGCUUCCUGGACUACUUUCGGCCAACCAGAAAAAUCAUGGGCAAGCACCACAACAGUUUUUUCCAUCUCAGGAUCCAUCAACCUCACAAUUUAAUCAUGGGAGUUCUUUGCAGGGGCAUGGUGCUUCUAUAAGUUCAGCCAUAUCAAAUCCGUUACCUGUUAUGCACUUCCCUUUACCAGUCCAAAGUAUUGCAAACAACCCUUUACAUUUACAGGGUGGAGCCCACCCACCUUUGCCUCCAGGUCGCCCUCCUGCUCCAUCCCAAAUGAUUCCUCAUUCAAAUGCUAGUCCAUUUAUGGCAAGCCAACAGCCAGCUGUUGGAUAUACUAAUUUAAUUAGUUCUCUAAUGUCUCAAGGCGUGAUUUCAUUGGCUAGCCAGCUGCCUGCACAGGAUCCUGUUGGAACCGAGUUUAAUCCAGAUAUUCUGAAGGUUCGUCAUGAGUCUGCAGUAAAUGCCUUAUAUGGUGAUCUCCCUAGACAAUGCACAACUUGUGGGCUCCGAUUCAGAUGCCAAGAGGAACACAGUAGUCAUAUGGAUUGGCAUGUGACCAAGAAUCGGAUGUCUAAAAGCCGUAAGCAGAAACCCUCUCGAAAGUGGUUUGUGAGUGACAGGAUGUGGCUUAGUGGUGCAGAGGCAUUGGGAACAGAAUCAGUUCCAGGUUUUUUGCCAGCAGAAACCGUAGAAGAAAGGAAAGAUGACGAAGAGUUGGCAGUGCCGGCAGAAGAGGACCAGAAUACAUGUGCAUUAUGCGGAGAGCCUUUCGAUGAGUUUUACAGUGAUGAAAUGGAGGAAUGGAUGUAUAGAGGAGCUGUAUACCUCUAUGCACCCACGGGAACAACAGCAGGCAUGGACAGGUCACAGUUGGGCCCCAUUAUUCAUGCUAAAUGCAGAUCAGAAUCUAAUAUGGGCGCCUCUGAAGAUCUUGGACUAGAUGAAAAGGGUGCCGAUGAAGAGGGUAUCCAAAGGAAACGAAUGCGGAGUUGACUAAAGUUGACCAGUUUUGUGCAUUGUAACUUAUGAUUUUCCAAUAGUGUAUCUUAGAGUAGAGUUGAUCUUGCAAUACCAUGGCCAUUCUGCCAAAGUCAUGUACAUGUAUAGUUGGACUGGUAACUCGCAUAUUUUCUUGCUGCCAAAGGUUACAUUUCAAUCGAUAAUUAUCUCGUCCCUUGCAUUUUUGUGUUCAAAUAAAAAACUAGUACAUUGUUAUCUUUGGGAUGGGGUGCAGAAUAUUGAACAAAUGCAUCUUUAUGCUAU